AUGGCAGGAAUUCCCUCGUCUUUACGUGAACUAUUUUAUUCCUUUUCUGAUGGAAAUGGAAUGAACAAUGAAACGUUGGCUGACACCAGUGAGCAGGUGUAUAUAUCCCCACUCGCGCUUCUAAAAAUUUUGAAACAUGGACGGGCAGGAGUACCGAUGGAAGUAAUGGGACUCAUGCUGGGAGAAAUUGUAGAUGAGUAUACAAUCAGAAUUGUAGACGUUUUUGCAAUGCCACAAUCAGGUAAUAGUGUUAGUGUUGAAGCAGUGGAUCCUGUAUAUCAAACGAAUAUGUUAGAAGAAUUAAAAAAAACGGGAAGACAUGAAAUGGUUGUUGGAUGGUAUCAUUCACAUCCAGGUUUUGGUUGCUGGUUAUCUGGAACAGAUGUAAAUACACAAAAAAGUUUUGAACAAUUAAAUCAAAGAACAAUUGGAGUUGUUGUAGAUCCAAUUCAAUCAGUAAAAGGAAAAGUUGUGAUCGAUUGUUUUCGAUUAAUAAAUCCUCACAUGCUUAUGCUAGGACAAGAACCGAGACAAACAACAUCAAACAUUGGCUAUCUAACAAAACCAUCAUUAACAGCACUAGUACAUGGUUUAAACAGAAAUUAUUAUUCCAUAGUUAUUAAUUACAGAAAAAAUGAAUUAGAAAAAAAUAUGCUUUUAAAUUUACAUAAAGAUAUAUGGGCCAACCCUUUAAAACUACUUGAUUUCAAUGAACAAAAAAAAAAUACAGAUGAAACUUUAAAUAGUAUUAAAAAAUUAACAAGUUUAUAUAAUAAAAAUUUGAGAAAUGAAAUUAAGAAAACCAAUGAACAAAUACUUUUAGAAAAUAUUGGAAAAAUAGAUGCAAAAAAAAGAAUACAAAAUUCAGUGGAAACUUUGCUAAACGAUUCUAUUCUUACAUGUAUCGGAACGAUGGCAAACACCCUGUUCUUUUAA